AUGGAGAACAUCCUGGCGCAGGAUAACACUCACGCCGUAGCGGUCGCACUUCCUAUCUUGACACUACUGGCCUUCCCCUACCAUCGUGCUACCCAUCGCCGCCCAUACAAUGGCAUCCCGUACAACCCCCACUCGACGCGCCGGCUCUUCGGCGACAUGCGCGAGCUCACAGCUAAGGCGCAGCGCCACCGCGACCCGGCCGGGAUGACUCUGGCGCAGUUCGGCCGGCUGGAGAGCCCCGUGAUCCAGCUGUUCUUCAUGCUGUUCUGGAGGCCGACGGCCGCGCCCAUCGUGCACCGCGCCGCGGCGGAGCUGGUCGAGCUUUGGCGGAAGGUGCUUCUGGGCUCGGACGUCAACCGUGUCAACAGCGAGCGCGAAGCUGUCCUGGAGUGGGAACACGCUAUUGAGCAGCCCGCGUCGAGGGACGAGCCUGCUGAGAUGGCCGUGGCGCCUCUGCGCGAGGAGUUCAAGGCUGGGACGCGGCACUGGGCCACCAAACGUCGGCUAAUGAAUGAGCUUCUUGUGCUAUCGAAGGCGCGCUUCGCUGGCCUCGGCGACGCGAAGGAUGUCGAGGGCGUCGCUAAGACCCCGGCCGUCGAGGCGAUCCUAGCCGCCAACAUCCCCUACCUCGACGCCUCUAUCGAAGAGCUGGUACGCAAGAGCAACGCCAUCCCAGAGGUCGUCCGCGAGGCCGCUUGCGACGCGCAGCUGCUGGGCCACCGCGUGCCAAAAGACACGACCCUCGUGUGCUGCACGUACGUCGCGCACAAGCCCUUUGACGUGCCGGAUGGCGCCUGGAGCGCGACCAGCACGGAGAAGAGGGCGUACGGCGCCCUGUGGCAGCAGGACAUGGACGAUUUCCACUCUGAGCGGUGGCUGAGGGACGAUGGGACGUUCGACGCGAAGGCCCUGCCAAGGCUGGGCUUAAAGAUAGAAUCGCUUCGCUCAAAGAUUGUGUUCGCAACGCAGCAUUUCCGCAUCGUGCUUGUCGUAAUUCUGCUGGACUUCGAGCUUCUGCUGCUACCUGAGAACCUGAACAGCCCCGAUGCGUUCUCUAAGAUAACCCGUAGCCCUUGCCAGUGCUUCGUUCGCUUGAGACCAAUCUAG